AUGGGCGUCCCGACGGGGCCCCGGCGGCGCAUCCUCUGCGCCGUCGCCGCCGCGCGCGACCGGCCGGGCGCGGCGCGGCCGCCGCCCGUCGCCGCGCUGCCCGUCGCCGCGCGCGCGUCCUGGCACUGCCCCAUCUCCAUGGACGUCAUGCGCGAGCCCGUCGUCUGCGCCUGCGGCAACACGUUCGAGCGCUCCUUCAUCGCCGCCUGGCUCACGACGAACGACACGUCGCCGGUCACGGGCGAGGUCUUCCCCCACAAGAUGCUCGUGCCGAACCACUCCAUGCGCUCCGACAUCCAGGAGUGGCACGACGAGUGCAAGCGCGCCGGCGGCGCGCCGCCCUCGCCGACGCGGGCCGCCCAGCAGCGACGACGAGACCCCGAGGACGCGUAA